CUUUUCUCUUUCUUUUUUUUAUAGAGAAAAACGGGCAUGAACAGUAGACGAUGUCUUUAAAAAAUAGAAAAAGUGUUUAUAGUAAAAAACACAGCACAAGCGACAAUGAAACAACGUUAUUAAAAGAAGAUGACCCAGAAAUUAUGAAAAGAAACAACACUCGACUCAGUCGACGCUAUACCCAACGAAAGCCUCUUCCGUCAGUGACUGAAUUUAUGACAGAAUUUGAACAGGAAAGACGACCUUCACCUCCGCCGACACCAUUGCCACAAGAGGAAGAAGAGAUCACGUUUGAGGACGAGGUCUUUUCUGAUACAGCUCGUCUCACUGUGAACGCAUCGAAUAUGUCAGGGUUCAGGCAUCCACUAGACGCCUCUCCUGAGCUGCCUGCGAUAUAUAAGCCGGCAAGUGUGGACCCAGAGAUAGAUCGAAAAAAGGUCAAUAGGCUCAUACAGUACGAUCGACACAAGUUUUUUCGAGAUCUUGUCAAGGCGGUGAGAGGAGUGGCCGAGCGAGUGGUCAAUUUGCAUCAGUAUGCGAUGGAUCAUAAGGCUGCCAUAGAUGAGAACAAGGAACUCCAGGAGAGAAGACAAGAGCAGUGGCAGAAAUAUAGUGAAGAAGACCAAGAGUCUGAUGCAUCCUCUGUUGUAGAUGAAAAUAUACCAAUGAAACGAACAGCGACGAUACCAAAUCCUGAUCAGGUCAAAGAUGACAGCACGUCUGAUGUGGAAUCAUUUAGUUAUUUAUCUGGUAAUAGCUUAAAGUUAUUCUCUCCACAGAACUCAUUUCGUGUAUUCUUGCAUCAUAUUUUAUGUUGGAAAUGGAUGGAGACCUUGAUCAUGUUUCUCAUCGUCUUUCACGCCGUCACUCUCUUCAUCGUCGGUUGGGGAAGUGAUCCAUUCCCAAAUCCACCAAGCACAUGGGGCCAAGUCUGGUACCAAUAUGUACUCCUUGUGAUAUUUAUCCUAUACACAAUCAUAGCUAUCUGCCGCAUCAUCAUCCUCGGCCUCUUCUUCAACCCACCUUCACCACAGUCACCCAGGGCCUACCUACGACACAGCUGGAACCGUAUCGACUUUAUCGCCAUCCUAUCUUAUUGGGUAGACUUUAUUCUCUUGAUGACACACCAAGAGAUCAACGAAGACCAAGGCAGACGUAUCCUCGUAUUCAAGAUGUUAUCAGCAUUAGUUUUAUUACGGUUACUAAAUAUAACAGAUGGAAGUAAAGUUAUUUUGAAUAGUCUCAAGAGAGCUGCUCCUCUCUUAGUGAAUGUCUUAUUCUUUGUGUUCUUCUUUUUUGUCAUCUUUGCCAUCAUUGGCGUACAAUCCUUUAGUGGCUCCUUUCAAAGACACUGCGUUUGGCACGAUCCAAACAAUGCCUCACAUACAGAGGAGUUACAACAAUACUGUGGCGGAUACAUCAACGAGACAGGGUACAAAGUUCCCUAUAAACUCAAAUCUGGACAAACUGCAUUAUGGUCUAAAGGCUUUAUUUGUGAACAAGGCCUGAUCUGUGAAGAAACAGAAAAUCCGUAUGGAGGAACGAUCAGUUUUGACAGCAUCUUUUCGUCCAUGCUGAUCGUCAUGAUCAUCACUGGUGUUCAAUCCUGGACGGACCGAAUGUACGACAUGAUGGAUGCCGAAUAUGUUGUUGCUGCACUUUAUUUUAUUGUGAUUGUGAUCGUCAUGAACUUUUGGUUGAUAAAUUUGUUUAUUGCCGUGAUUACAGAAAUGUUUGCCAAAGUACGAGAGGAUUCGCAGCACUCUGCAUUUACCAACGCGACAGCCAAGCCUGUCUUGGCAGACAUGAAUGAAGAAGGUGGAUGGGAGUUUGCAGAGAAUGAAGAACAAGAGCAACGACAAAAGGUAUCUUCACUCACUUGGCUCGUCACAUUCAUGAGGCCGUUCUGGAUCUUUCUGGUCGUUGUAGACUUGGUAUGUAUGGCGACCAAGCACAAUGAUAUGAGCACGGCUCAGUUAGACGGUCUUGAUCUGGCAGAGACGAUAUUUUCAUUGGCGUUCUUGAUAGAGAUAGUCUUGCGUCUGCUUGCUCAGCGACGCGACCUCAAGGCGUUCUUCAAGGACAAGAUGAACACGACUGAUUUGUUGAUUGCUGUUGUGACAUGUAUCAUCCAGUUGCCGUGGAUCAAACAGCACCGGCUGAUCUAUAUCUGGUUCACUGGAUUUCAAGUGCUUCGUAUCUAUCGUGUCAUAGUCGCAAUCCCACGACUAAGGAAUUUGAUGUCAAGGGUGAUAGGAAGUGUGUACGGUUUGAUUAACUUGACAUUCUUUAUUGUGCUAUCAACCUUACUUUGCGCUAUUAUCGCAUAUCAAUUGUUUGAAGGCGUCAUUAACGAAACUGGAGAAGAAAUGAGAUUUUUCUCCAUUUACAAUUCAUUUGCUGCACUUUAUCAGUUAUUCUCUGGUGAAGAUUGGACAACAGUAUUAUAUAAUGUCCUUCAAGCCGGAUCAACCAAUCGAAACAGCGCAAUCUAUGCUCUAUUUCUUGUCUUUUGGUUUUGCUUUUCCAACUUUGUCUUGGUCAACAUGUUUAUUGCUGUCUUGAUGGAAAAUUUCGAAAUUGCCGAAGAGGACAAGUUAAAGAACCAAGUCCUCUUUUUCAUGAAAAAAACCGAAUCAGAACUCAACAGAAAAACAGUCGUCAGUCGAUGGAACAUUUAUCGAUACUUCAAACCUCAACCCAAAGGACUAGACCUGACCAAUAUCCCAAACCACCUUGUCCUCUCUGUCCAAAAGAACGUUGUUCGAGAAUUCAUGAACGAGACGACACAAGAGGUUGCAGAGGAACGACAGGUGGAGACCACGCGGCAUGGUAUGAUGAGCAAGGCGAUGAAUUUCAUUAGCCGACUUUUCCCUUCACCCGACCUAGCUCACGAGCAAAGACCUGUGCUUCAGACACAUGCGCGUCAGAGCAUGCACUUUGACCAGGUCGGUACGUUUUACGAUCUCAAGGGACACGGUUCUACCGAUGAACCACGAGCGCUGAGGUACCUGAUCGAUCCGACCUUACGAGACACCGUCGCCAACAGGUACCAACAAGAGACGACGGAUUUGGACAUUGAAGAGCGCAAGGCGUUAAAACGCGACUUUAUCGCAGCUCAUCCGAGCUACGACCGUGCGCUGUUUAUCUUUUCAAGCAACAACCCGAUUCGACGAUUCUGUCAGCGCAUCGUCCCGCCCAGCCGAGGCGAGCGUACAUUUGGCGUGCCCGCGUCACGAUGGAUCAGUCUAUCAUUUUCUGCCUUCAUCACGGCCUGUGUGAUCGCCAACGUAGUAUUGACGAUUCGAAAUUCACCCGUGUAUCAGUACCAGUACCGGAACGAUCCUGAAAAGAUCAUGCGGUUUGUGUAUACCGACUGGGCCUUUACGGUCGUCUUUUCGAUCGAGUUUGUCAUCAAGAUAAUCGCUGACGGGUUUGUGAUGACGCCCAAUGCGUACUUAUUGAACGGAUGGAACAUGCUUGAUCUCUUUGUCCUCGUGACCUUGUACAUGUCCAACUUUGAUAAAUUUGCCGGUGCCACAGGGAUCGAGCGUGGGUUUCGAGCGUUCAAGGCGCUUCGUGUGCUUCGUCUCAUCAACUUGCUGGGUCCUGCCAAGGACACGUUCACAGCCAUUCUCUUCACCGGUCUGCCACGGCUCCUGGAAUCGGCUGCCCUCGGUCUCUGUCUGAUCGUGCCGUUUGCGCUGUACGGCAAAAACGUGUUUAUGGGUUUAUUCUAUCAAUGCAACGAUGACUCAAGUACGGGCAAGAGCGAUUGUCUGUUUGAAAAUAUGUUGGGCACGCAAGAGCCCAUGCCGGAGGACACGUCGAUCUAUCUGCCUAGACGAUGGGCUAACCCGUACGACUAUAACUUUGAUUCCUUUUGGCGGUCACUGCUGAUCCUCUUUGAGAUUGCAAGUGGUGAAGGAUGGGUCGACGUGAUGGAGACAAGUAUGGGCAUCACUGGUAAAGAUCUCAGCCCGGAACAAGACGCGAGUCAGCUCUGGGGUAUCUUCUUUAUGGUCUACAAUCUCGCAGGCUCCGUUUUUGUCAUCUCUCUUUUCUUGGGCGUCGUCAUGGAGAACUUUACCAGACGUAAUGGGUCGGCUUAUCUCACUUCGGAUCAACGACGAUGGCUCGACUUGAAAAAGUUCUUGAACCAGGUCAGGCCAGCCAAACGACCCAAGUCUCCUCCAACGGAUAAGCUGCGGAAAUGGUGUUUUGAUUUGACAGUUGAGAAGCAAGGGUUCUUUUAUAAACUCAUGACGGUCGUUGUUACUUUGAACAUUGUCUUUUUGUGUGCAGAUAACGUUAGUUCAUCUGAUCCUGGUAGUGGCGAUGUUACGAGCUGGGAUAAUGCGAAAGUGGACGUUUAUUUGACAUUCAUCGUCAUUUACUGGCUCGAAAUCAUCAUCAAGGUCCUUGGUCUUGGCUGGUCUUCGUUUCGCAAAAAUCUCUGGAACCUGUAUGAUGUGGUCAUGGUCUUUGGAGGAUCGGUUACGACCUUUAUUCAUUAUGGAAGCCCUGGGUUACAGUGGAACGUUGAGUUACAGAAACUGUUUGUUACUGCUCUAUGUUUCAAGUUGGUACAAAGAAGCGAUAGUUUAAAUCAACUGUUUACAACCAUGGCAGCGUCUACCUAUCAGAUUUUAAAUGUGAUGGCUGUUUGGUUUAUCGUCAUGACGACCUAUGCGAUUAUGUUUAUGCAAAUAUUUGGGUUAACCAAGUAUGGACCGAGUGCAUCCAACGAACAUGUGAACUUUAGAACGUUCUCAAGCACAAUGAUAUCGUUGAUUCGAUACUCAACAGGUGAAGGUUGGAAUAAUGUGAUGCACGACUUUACUGUAGAAUACCCAAACUGUGUUGUUUCUGAUAACUACCUGGACUCUGAUUGUGGAUCACUUCGAUGGGCCUACUUUUUGUUCUUAUCAUUCAAUAUCAUCUCCAUGUACAUCUUCACUUCCAUUUUUGUUGCUGUCGUUGCAGACAAUUUCUCGUAUGUCUAUCAGACACGAGCCAAUUUCUCGUUGGUCAACCGAGACGAAAUUCGCAAGUACAAAAUGACGUGGGCUUCUGUAGAUACAGAUCGAACAGGAUAUGUCAAGCCAAGCGAAUACAUGACCUUUUGGCGCAGACUCGAGGGUAUAUUCACCAUACGCAUAUUUGAACCGGAGUACUCGUACAAGAAUUUGGUAGCUCAGUUUAAAAAGAAAGUCAAGACAGACAAAUAUGAUCAUGAUUUGGACCUCAAGGGCCUUUCUGAGAAGCUAAACGAGUUAAACCCUCAAGAGCUACACAAGAGAAGACAUGACUUGGAGAGAAUAUAUUGGGAAACUGCGUUGAUUGAAUCUGGGUCUAAAGGCGUGUCAUUUAAUCAAAUGUUAUUAAUGUUGUCACAAAGAAAGUUGAUUGUGCCUGAACAUUCGCUUGUACUAGAGGACUUGCUGGAGUAUCAAAAGAAAGAAGAAGCGAUUCAUACGCUUAUUUCUAUCGAUCGCGUCAGAGGUUUAAUGGAGACGAUCGCUCUCAGAAAGAAGUUUUUGAAGCAUUUGGAAAAGCAAAAGAAAGUGCCUGCGAUCAUGGUUGACAAUGAGGUCGUACAGCAAUCAUCAACUAGUUACACUCCUUUGUCCCCUCAUCAUUUAAAUACAAACUCAAUAUACGACUUGACGAGUGAAGAUGAAAGCGGGGAUGAAGACCACGUGAAAUCUAUGUUGGCUGUAUCAAGCGAAGAGAGUGCAGUCGUUGAAGAUAACCCAUCUCAUACCAUUUGGCAAGACAUGCUACACGAUGAAGCAUGGAAGCCAUAAUUUAUGCACUAUAUUCCAUUGGACGGUGGCUUAAAAUAAAGUAG